CUGAAAAAUCUUGAAAUCCCUCUUUUUCUGUGUUUUUUUUUUUUUGUUAUUAUGAUGGAGGGUUAUGAGUUUGUGAAGGAUUUGGGUUGUGGUAAUUUUGGAGUAGCUAAGCUUGUGAGAGAUUAUAAGACUAAAGAGCUCUUUGCUGUCAAGUUCUUUGAAAGAGGCCAAAAGAUUGAUGAACAUGUACAAAGGGAAAUUAUGAAUCAUAGAUCAUUGAGUCAUCCAAAUAUAAUCAGAUUCAAAGAGGUUUUGCUGACGCCAACUCAUCUAGCAAUAGUAAUGGAGUAUGCGGCAGGAGGAGAACUCUUUCAGAGGAUCUGUAAAGCUGGAAGAUUUAAUGAAAACGAGGCAAGAUUCUUCUUUCAACAAUUGAUAUCAGGGGUUAGCUACUGCCAUUUCAUGCAAAUCUGUCAUAGAGAUCUCAAAUUGGAAAAUACGUUACUAGACGGAAGUACUGCACCUCGCGUAAAAAUAUGUGAUUUUGGUUACUCCAAGUCAUCUGUCUUUCAUUCUCAACCAAAAUCCACUGUAGGGACACCAGCUUAUGUUGCGCCGGAGAUUUUAUCAAAGAAAGAAUAUGACGGGAAGGUUGCAGAUGUUUGGUCUUGUGGAGUCACUUUAUACGUAAUGCUGGUCGGAGCUUAUCCAUUUGAAGAUCCCACUGAUCCGAAAAACAUCAGAAAGACCAUAUCUAGAAUAUUGAGCGUCCAGUACUCGAUUCCGCAAAAUGUCCAAAUUUCCAUGGAGUGUCAGCAUCUCUUAUCCAGGAUUUUUGUGGCAGACCCUGAAAAGAGAAUAACUAUCCCAGAAAUUAAGAAGCAUCCUUGGUUUAUGAAGAACUUGCCUGUCGAAUUCAUGGAAGAAGGACGGAACGAGUGCAUCGAUGUAAAUAACCCGAGACAGAGCAUGAAAGAAGUAUUGGCAGUAAUACAGGAAGCAAGAAUUGCUUUGCAGGUUCUAGCAAGUUCAUCUCAAGGCAUUAUGGAAGAACUUGAUGAAUUAGAUGAUGCUGAUAUAGAAGAUAUUGAAACAAGUGGUGAUUUUGUUUAUUAA